AUGGCCGCCCGUCGGAGCCAGAGGCGGAGGGGGCGCCGGGGGGAGCCGGGCACCGCCCUGCUGGCCCCGCUGGUGCUGAGCCUGGGCCUGGCGCUGGCCUGCCUUGGCCUCCUGCUGGUCGUGGUCAGCCUGGGGAGCUGGGCAACGCUGUCUGCCCAGGAGCCUUCUCAGGAGGAGCUGACAGCAGAGGACCACCAGGAGCCCGCUGAACUGAAUCCCCAGACAGAGGGAAGCCAGGAUGUGGUGCCUUUCUUGGAACGACUAGUCCGGCAUCGAAGAAGCGCUCCUAAAGGCCGGAAACCGCGGGUUCGCAAAGCUAUUGCUGCACAUUAUGAAGUUCAUCCACGGCCAGGACAGGAUGGAGCGCAGGCAGGUGUCGAUGGGACCGUGAGUGGCUGGGAAGAGGCCAAAAUCAACAGCUCCAGCCCUCUGCGCUACGACCGCCAGAUCGGGGAAUUUACAGUCACCAAGGCUGGGCUCUACUACCUAUACUGCCAGGUGCACUUCGAUGAGGGGAAGGCUGUCUAUCUGAAGCUGGACUUGCUGGUGAAUGACGCGCUGGCCUUGCGCUGCCUGGAGGAGUUCUCAGCCACGGCAGCAAGCUCCCCGGGACCCCAGCUUCGGCUGUGCCAGGUGUCUGGGCUGCUGGCCCUACAGUCCGGGUCUUCCCUUCGGAUCCGUACUCUGCCCUGGGCUCAUCUUAAGGCUGCCCCCUUCCUCACCUACUUUGGACUCUUUCAAGUUCACUGAGGGCUCCUGCUCUCCAAGACUCCCUGUACCCACACAGCUCCCGGAGCACUGCGACCCCUGACCCUGAGCUCCAGUCCUGUCCUCUCCUCCAAAGGCAGCCGGGGCUUGUUCACGUGUUUUCCAUCCCACCGAAACAUUCCUGUUCUUCCUUAACACCCCAUCCCACCCCAGCUGUCCACCUCCCUAGCUCCCAAAGCCCCACUUGUCCCUGAUCGCCCCUGGCCCCGGCCCCCCAGGACACUGUGUUUACUGACUGUGCAUCAGGCACUGAGAUGGGCUGGACCUGGCAGCAGGAAGCAAAGAGCCUGGGACUGGGCCAGAAGUUCCCAAAUGUGAGGGCUAAGAGCCUUAGACAAGCCCCUCCCUGGAUCCCUGUGGAUUUUGAAAAGAUACUAUUUUUAUUAUUAUUGUGACAAAAUGUUAAAUGGAUAUUAAAGAGAAUAAAUCAUGA